AUGGAGCUCGACACCCCCAACACGUCCCGAGGAGGUCGCCGACAUGUGUAUGCAAUGUCGUUGAAGAAACGAGGUAUCACGCUGUUACCGCACAAGUCCAUCCGCAAGGUGGCAGGCGACCUCUCGGUCUCGUAUAGCGUCGUGCGCACCUGGAAACGCGUUUCAGACAAGAUCGACCAACUUGCAUGGAGCAGGCCGCCCUGCUCCACGCAACCCAUCAAGCCGCUGCGGGUGCGCAUCAAGCCUGGCGCCGUUCCUCUUGAAGCAGCUGGCCUGGUGUACCGAAACAACCGCGCAACAUGGGCCUCGGCAUCGCGUAUCGUCCCCAAGAAAGACCCUGGCGACUUUCGCAUAACCCAUCGACAGCCGGCUCAUCAACGCGUGUACGGAGCGUAUGCCAUGGCCUAUGACUACUGGCAGCUGGCGCUUCAUGAAGACUCCCAAAUGUACUACUCCUUCAUCUACUUCAUCUACUCCCCUUGGAGUGUACACGCCCACAAGAGUACAUAUGGGUCAGACCGACGCGGUGGCGUUCUGUCAUCGGCGGUGGACUUCAUGUUUGCCGACCUACUGUUCAGGGGACUCCUAGCCUGGCUCGCCGACAUGCUUGGCUACGCCGAGACCCCUGAAAGACCAAGUCCUCACGAUCUGCUCCUCCUUCUGCCUGAAGCUCAACCCGAACAAAUUCGACUCCUUCCUGACCAAGGCCGUCUGCACUCCCCCACAAGAAUCCAAGGACUGUGUGCGCUCGCGCCGCCUGUCACGGCCGCCGACCUCCAACAGUUCGUGUGCGCGACCACUGGAUGCGGUCCAGCAUCCCCUACUACACCGAGCUUGUGGUGCCUCUCCGCCAACUCCCCGACGCAUCGACCAAACAAAUUAGAAGUGCAAAGAAGACGAAGCUCACCCGCGUCCAACUCCCUGCCGUUGGCUGGGACGUUGACCAUCUGGCCUGCUUUGACAAUAUUAAGGAAGAUCUAUUCGCGAUGGUUCCCUCCCACGGGCAGACAUGAUGGUCUGCCUUUACACCGACGCAAGCGAAGGCUUUGGGGCGCCAUCACCACUCAAGUACCAUUUGAAGACAUGGCCCUGCCGUUGGAAGAGCAGCGCUACCAGCCGUUGCCCUUUCUCAGCGGCGCCUUUACUGGCGCAAGCGAGCGUUGGCCAAUCCUGGAGAAGGAUGCGUUUGCCGUUGUGGAAAGCUGCAACCGGCUGGACUACAUUUUCAUCCGCCCUGCUGGCUUCCGCCUUUUCACCGACCACAAGAACCAGCAGAAUAUUUUCAAUCCCCAAGCAUGGCAAGACAAUGUGUGGGGCGACCUGCUCAGCCGCUGGGACGCCGCCCAAGCUCAAGUGCCAACGAAGUCCGUCCGGCGCCUCCUGGCCUUGGUGUCGCCCCUGUUCCUCGACAAGAAAGACCGCAUCUGGAUCCCACCAAGUGCCACGGACCUCCAGCAGCGGGCGCCGCGGGCCAUCGACGGAUCGAAGCCACAACCAAGGCCGUCUCUACCAGGGGUGGUUGACCUCUCGGCUCGCCUCGUGUGGCUCUUGCCGACAUUACUCUUCGGUCGCCAUGGGCACAUCAGUCAAUCGCAGUCGAUCCUGGCCAUCAACGGCUACAAGGACCUGCGCCAACGCCCGCUCACCGCCGUCCGCGUCGAGCUUAGUCAUCCGCGCGUGCAAACAAACGACGCCGCGGCGACCGCCAACGGCUUCCUCGACUGGUUCACGACAUUUGGGUAUGUCCAUACCUGGGUCUCCGACAGCGGGUCCCAUUUCAAGAACGAAGUCAUCGACAAGAUCCGCAAGGCCGCCGGCGCCCACCACCACUUCACGACCGCCUACUGUCCUUGGGCGAAUAGAACCAUUAAAGUAGUCAACCGACUGAUCCUCCGUGCUGUCAUGAGUCUUGACGGCUGCGAGAUGAAGCUGCGCGCGACAGACUGGCACCUCGUCCUGGCCCUGGUACAAGGCGCCUUCAACCACAUGCCAAGCAACCGACUUAGCGGCAUGGUACCGGUGACCGCCGUUAAUGACCUGCCUGCGAAGACGCCCUUGUCAGCGCUUGUCAACACCGUGACCGAGGAAGUCACCGAUAUAAACUGGCUCGAUUCCUCGCGCACGAAGCAAAUGCAAAAGCUGCAUGAAGCCAUGGAACAGCUGCACCGCGAAGUCAUCCAGUUGCAGAAGUUUGCGAUUGGCGACUUUUUCCUCCUUGGUCAAGUGUCCCGCCAACGCAACAAGGUAUCCCUGCAGUGGCGCGACCCAGGCAAGAUCGUUCGGGUCGUGACAGAAUAUGUCAUGGCAGAAUAUGUCAUGGAGACCCAGCAUUGGUUCCACGUGGCCAAGCUCAGCGAAGUCCGCCAAGGAAGCGGCGAAUACCAAGCCCUUAUUUACUGGCUUGGCCUCGAUGAAGACGAAGCCUCAUGGGAGCCCUCGUACUGGGACGCGUAUUUGGACAUGCUGCCUCCCUAUAUCGACGGUCCGACGAUUAUUCUGGCCGACAACUUCGGCGGACCGUAUCGCGGACGAGCUGCGCAACCCCUCUCUCCCAACUGCACAAGUAUUUGCCAGCCAUUGGACGUCGGGGUAAUGGGCCCCUUCGCACAAAUCAUGCGAAAACUAUCGUUGGAUGAGGUGCCUGUGACAACCGCUGCCGAGAAGCGCCUUGCAAUGAGCAAGGAUUGUCCGUUCGAUCAAAGCGUGGGAAAUUAUUUCCUCUGA